AGUACUGACAAUUUUGAAUCCGGCUUCGUUAAUGUAAAAAUGAGCAGAUAUUUUUAGAAACCGUUUUAGUUCAAUUCUUGUGUAUAAUGUAGAAAUUUAAAACAGAUAAUUUGAUAAAAAUGCAACAUUCGAAAGCUACAAUGCAUCGUUUGCGUACGACAUUUACAAGAUCACGGACACCAACUGGAAAUGAAAUGAAAGCUCAAGAUAGUCUAGAAGUACCUAAGCAGAAAGUUCGUUCAGCCUCUUUUGAUGAAAUGCAAUUGGAAGCUCAACGAGAAUUUGCGGUUACGAACGAAGACGGUGCUGUUGGUGUUUUUGAAGGUCUUUCAAGUGGAGAAAAUAUUUGUUCCGAGCAUUUACUGAUCCAUACUCAAGAAAAACAGUCACACCACUUCAUUUCUUCAAAUACAAAUGAAAGUAAGUCCCGAGCAUUAUUAGGAAUAAGUCAUAGUGAUAAUGCAGAAAAUUCAGAUAAAAGCGCUAGCGGAAGUAGUAGUGAAAGUGCAUUUUCAAUUUAUAAUUUGGGUCCAAACUUUACAACCGUUGGUGGAGGAAAAAAAAACACUUUUAUAGGAAGAAGAGCGUCGGGAUCAACUACAGGGCGCGUUCCACCAUCAUGUUGGCACUGCUACUAUCUUAAUGAAUAUAUGCGGAAAUUAAACUUUGAACAAAGAUUUUUUAUCGAUCAUCAUGAGCUGCAGUCAUUGAAAUAUAGUGACGAUUCAUCGACAUCAAACAGUGAUAUUGAGAGUAACUAUACAGAUGAAAAUGUUAGUGAAACAGAAAAUGUCGAUUCUAAUUUUGAGCAAUUAGAAAAAGAAUCACUCCCGCCACUUUCUCCCUGUAAUAUUACUUUUACACUAUCUGCUUUAAAUUAUAAUGAAGUGGAGCUUUUAUCAACAGACAUAUUACGUUCAGCUCCUCCAUCGCCAGUGUUUUGUUUUCCAGAGCGCACAAUUUCUUCUCCACCACCAACACCAUCACCACCGAUAUGUCUAGCUACAGAGGAAAUUGUUGGAGAAGCUAAUUUUGAUACAGAUCUGUCGCAACAAUCGUCAUCGUUGCGAAGUGACGACUUAGAAACACAAGAGUUAACUCAAGGAUCCUUUCAGUCAAGACGUCGUUCAAUUUCACGACAAGAAGCGGUUUUUAUUGAACCAACGAGUGAGUCUCUUGAAAAUUUUUCAAAUAAUAUCGUUAUUGAUAUAAAAAUAUCAAAUGAUGAAACACCCGCAUCGGCUGCUUCUGAAAAUCCUGAACCUUCAAAUAAUCUAUUAAAUGCAAAGCGUACCAUGCCGAUUUUAGUGACUGAAAAAUUAACAAAUAAGGUUUGUGAUAUUUAUUUAACUGUGCCCGAUGUGAAACGUGACCGUGCCGCUUCUGUAGACUCCUGCUUCUCAAAACUGUCCUCGGUUGGUAAAACGGAAGAGUUGCUUCCAGUAGCAUCGAGUUGUUUUUUAAGUGUACCUAAUAUUAACGCAACACGUUCGAGGAGUGUUGAUAUUGUUUUGCCUACAGAGGAGCAAGCAAGAUAUAAGGCACUUGCACUAACCGCUGUUGGAGUAUAUGGUGGCAAACCAAGUGCUGCUGGUGGUGGUGGAGUAAAGCGCCCAAUUCAUAUUGUACCAGAUUGGACAGAGAAUGCUAUAAAUGGUGAUCAUUUAUGGAAACAAACAUCUAUGUCUGGAGACUUAUGCUGUUUAGCAGAUGAAUGUCAAAGAAGCGGACAACGGAUGAAAUGCUCUGCGUGUCAAUUGGUAGCCCACAUUAACUGUAUUCCCAAGAUAAAUGAAAAAACUCAACUAGCAUGUAAACCAACUUUUCGUGAUGUGGGAAUACGUCAAUAUCGGGAACAAACACAAACUGUGCAUCAUUGGGUACAUAGACGAGCUGAGAAAAAUAAAUGUAAAACUUGUGGGAAGGCAAUCCAAGGAAAAUUAUUUGGGUCUAAAGAUGUUGUUGCUCUAACAUGCGCUUGGUGUAAAACAUCAUUCCAUAACAAAGAAUCGUGCUUUUGGGAAGGAAGAAUGAACGAAGAGUGUCCAUUUGGUACUUUUGCAAGUAUAAUUGUGCCACCUUCAUGGAUUGUAAAAUUACCUAAAAAGGGAAACUUUAAAUCAUCUCUAAGAACACCAAAAAAACGUGCUGGAACAAAUAAAAAAAAAGAAAAAGAUAAAAAGGAAAAAGAACACAAAGCAUUUAUUGUAAAGCCUAUCCCUUCCUCAAACAUCACACCUGUUAUAGUUUUUAUUAACCCAAAAAGUGGUGGAAAUCAGGGAGUGAAAUUACUUGGAAAAUUUCAAUGGAUUUUAAAUCCAAGACAAGUUUUCGAUCUUACACAGGGUGGCCCGAGAAUGGGUUUGGAGCUCUUCAGAAAAAGUCCACAGCUUAGAGUUCUUGCAUGUGGUGGUGACGGUACUGUUGGAUGGGUUUUAUCUGUGUUAGAUGUAAUUAAUAUUCAACCUCCUCCAGCUGUUGGAGUCUUGCCUUUAGGUACUGGAAACGACCUAGCACGAGCUUUAGGUUGGGGAGGAGGAUAUACUGAUGAACCUGUUGGAAAAAUUCUUUUGAACAUUGGUAAAUCGGACCCGGUAUUGUUAGAUAGGUGGAGAUUAGAUUUAAGACCAAACCCUGAUGCUGAACCGACUGAUGAUGGAAAAGACAAUCUCCCAUUAAAUGUUGUAAACAAUUAUUUUUCAUUUGGGGUUGAUGCACAUAUAGCAUUGGAAUUUCAUGAAGCGCGAGAAGCUCAUCCGGAACGGUUUAAUUCACGUAUACGCAAUAAAAUGUUUUAUGGUCAAGCAGGCGGAAAAGAUCUCCUUCAACGUAAAUGGAGAGCUCUUUCUGAUUGUGUUACUAUGGAAUGUGAUGGACAAGAUUUUACAGCAAAAUUGAAAGAUCAUCGCGUCCAUGCAAUUUUAUUUUUAAAUAUUCCAAGCUAUGGUGGUGGAACACAUCCAUGGAAUAAUUCAGCUGGGCAGCCACCAUCGACCGAAGACGGAUUGAUAGAAGUUGUCGGCUUAACAACUUAUCAAUUGCCAAUGUUGCAAGCAGGAGCUCAUGGUACUUGUAUAUGCCAAUGCAAAACAGCGAAAAUUGUUACAACGAAAACUAUACCUAUGCAGGUUGAUGGGGAAGCGUGCCGUGUCAAACCUUGCAUUAUAGAAUUAAGUUUACUGAAUAAGGCGGUUCUCUUAGCAAAAAAGAAACGCGGCAGACCAACAGUUCAAAUAAGCGGAAUGGAACCAAUUUACCUAAAAAUAUUGCGCAUCACAAUGCCUGACUAUGAACAUUAUCACCAUGACAAAGAAAUGAUAAAACAAUCAGCAACGAAUUUGGGUAACAUUGAAGUUGAACCGUUUGCAGAUUUGGAAAAUGUUAGAAAUAUAAUUACAAGCUAUUUAGAGGAAUCCAGUGGCUACCCAAAAUUGUCUCAGGAAUGGUGUUUUGUGGAUUCGCUUACUGCAGAAAGAUUCUUUCGUAUAGAUCGCGCUCAAGAACAUCUGCACUACAUAAUGGAUAUUGCAAACGAAGAAGUAUUCAUAUUGGACCAAGAAUGUGCAACAAUGCCGCAAACUCCUGAUCAAGAAAGGUCUUUCGCAGCAUACCAACAAAAACAAGAAAGACGAUAUAUGGAACGAAUUGGUGCUGAAAACGGUAGAAAUUCAUAUAAUACCAACCGUUCAUCAAUGGGAAAUAACGAUUCUCCUAUUGUUUUAUCUUCCGUUAAACUAGUCGGGGAACUGAAAAUAAAGAGUUAUGCAGAGCGAUUGUUCAGUUUUAACGAAGACGCGUUUGGAUUCAGUUGCCUGCUUGAAAAAACUACAGAUGCCGUGUUAAUAGCAGCACAAAGAGGAGAUGUUCAAACGCUUCAAGCUUUAUAUGAACAGGGAUAUUCUUUGCUGUCUAUUGACCAAAAUGGUCAAACUUCUUUGCAUUAUGGAACUCGAUUUAAUAAUAAAAAUAUAGUAAAAUUUCUAAUUACUUAUGCGUCAAGAUCUUUAAUCAACAUGGUAGACAACAUAAAGGGUGAAACAUCAUUACAUUUAGCUGCAGGACACAAUUAUCGUGAUAUAACCAUAAUGCUAGUAGCUGCUGGAGCGUCUUUAUCAAUAAGGAACUUUGAAGGAUUUACACCAAUGAUGGUUGCAUUUAAUGCAAAUGCCCUCGAUCUUGCUGCUUAUUUAGAAAGAAAGAUUCUAUGGCAUGGAUAUCAUCACAACGUAGUAAUGGUAUAAUUUAGAGAAAAAAUACAAGUAUCACUGAAAAUUAUUACGUACACACAUGUAACAGUAAACAAGUUUAUUAAUAUACGAUUAUUAAUGUAGAUACAUACGUAUGUAAUGUAGAAUAAAUAUUAGUUAAAUAUAUUGUUUAAACUAGAAUGCAUUAUCAAAACGAAGAAUAAAAAAAAAUUUUUUAAAUUUUCCUAACUAAAACAUUUUAUCGUGAUUUUAAAUAACUUAUAUGUAUACAUACACACACAUGCAUAAACAGUGAAAGAGCUUUUGAGCACAUAAAGUAGACCAAUAUGUUGCGCAAAAUUACUUAAAAUUAGGAUGACGUGGCAAAAGUAACUAUGGUGUCUUCCUUUUGUGGGAAUUUUCUUUUGUUUAGGUUGAAUAUCCGCAAGGCCUCCUUUCUCGAUUAUUUAAUAUUUUCCUUUUAUCCUGUUUUUUAUGUACUGCAUUAAGUUUAUAAAUACAGUAAUAUAGAUUUAUAGUAUGUACAUAAAUAUAUAGAACGUUGCUUCAUGACAUAAAUUUUAUUUUGCGUUAAAGUUUCAAAUCACUUUUGUAACAACAUCUUCUUUUAGUACUUACAGCUUUUAAUACAAUAAAAGAGGUUAUAUCAUGGCAGCAAAUUUUGCUUGUCGAGUUUUCGUGGUAGGGAAGUGUAUAUAACCUAUUUUUAGCAACCUGUCGGUCUGUUCAUCUGUCGGUCUUUCUGCUUGUCGGUCUGUCUGGUGUGUAUAUACGCGUGCAUAAAGUUCGACUGAACCGAUUUUUAUAAAAUUUUAUAUAUGAGUUUGUUUUGGCUAUGUCACAGAUUGAUUUACUUUUGGGAUAUAUCAGGCUUUGGGAACUGGACUGUUUUGCGGGCCAAUUUUACAUUUUUGCCCAUAUAAAAAGAAAUAAUUAACCAAUUUCCUUGAAAGUUAAUAUUUAAAUUCGGGAUGUUAAAGCAAUGAACAUAUAAAUUUUUUGGAACGAUCAGGGCUCGGAAACCAAACUAGGGGCCAAAUUAAAUUUCAGAGAAUUCAGAGACAGAACAUUUCAAAGAAUUCGGAUGGCACAAAGCGAAACUCUACUAAGAGCCAAAUUUACAUUUUUUACACAACACACAUUGCAGUCGCUUCUGUGAUGACCACAUCAGAUUUUUUUUUAUUUCAAAUUUUUUCAAUUAAAAAUUAUAUAAACAAAAUGAAUUGACAAAUGAUUUUUUCUAAGUUUUUUAGAUACUUUUGUAAUCCAAAAUCAUAAUUUCGGUUUUUAGUAUAACUUGGUUUGAUAAAUACUUAGAAACAUAACGUUAAUCACAUCUUUAUAAAGUUUUCAAAAGUUUUUUCAAGUUUCUUCUGGUUUAUUUUUUUUUUAAAUUAAAAUUUUUUUUCUUUUUGCGAGAAAUUAUGUCAUUGUUCCUCUUUUUUAAGUUUUUCAGGUUUUAUUUGGGACAGACCUAAUAUUUAUUACAUUACUAUGACAUGUACUCGUGCUUGUAAUGUAAUUUGUAGUUCAAAUCUUUCUUUUCAAAAGAAGAAUGUUGUAUACUAAACACAACAAUAAAAUAUGUAUGAAUGUGGGAGUGUAUAUGUAUAACUUAAAAGGUAUAAGUUUGAAAUUAAAAAUUUUUUUUCUCAAGCUAUAAUAUUAAAUUAAUUUUUUAAUAUUAUUAAAACAAGUUUAACAUAAUUUUAAUUCUUAAGAUUUGAAAAUAAGUUUUUGAAAAUUUUAAAUUAAUUUUAAGCAUAGAUAUUUCUCUUUUAAGUCCCAAAAAUUUAAAUAGUUCUUAAAUUUUAAAUAAUAAUACAUAAAAAUAAUAAAACUUCAAAAUUUUAACUUAGCUUUAUUUGAUUUAUUUUGGUUUAUUAAAAAUGUAUAAUUUUUUUUGUCUGUGGUACCAUGAUUUUAGGUUUUCUGUACCAUUUUUUAAAAUUUAAUUUAUGUCAGCCCUGGUCCAAGAAUAUAUUUCCUUGUAAAGUAUUAUAUUUUAUUAUUAUAUUAUACUAAUUAUUAUUUUUUUUCUAUAGUUUCGAAAAAUUGAGAAUAAAGCUUGCUCAAAUUCUUUUUUAUAGGAAUUUAUCUUGAGCAGAAUUUCCUAAAAAUUUGUGAACCAAAAGAGACGUCAAUAAGUUCUAAAUUACAUAUGUAUUAAAGUUUUUCGCUUUUAACCGCCAUUAACUGUUGUAAAGCGUGGCAUCUCACAGAUGGUGAAUUAAGACGUAUUUUUGUGUAUUUCUUCAAAUUUGCGAAAAUGUACAUGCUUCAUAAUUCAUAAAAAUUAUUGAAUAUAAUGUGUAUUCUUUUUAUAUUAAAAACCCACAUAAUUCUUUUUAGAUAUGUACGAUUUUAGUUUUAUUAGAAAAAUAUUUUCACACUGUUAGUAAACCUAAAUCAGUGAUUUACCUAAACUACCGCACCAGCAACUUUUAAAGCUUACAUAAGUUUCUUUAUUAUUAUAUAUUUACAAUGUUCGUGUUUAUAUAAGGCACAACUUGAAAUGACACAUUUUUUAUAAUGAUCAUAAAAUUAUAAAAGCAAUAUAAUAAUUAUAAAAAUUAAAAUCAAAUAAUUAGAAGCUUAAAUUCUAAAUUAAUAUCUAAUAAAAAUUUUAUUAACUUUAUUUUUCUAAAGAGUCUAGCGCUAAAUUUUUUUAUUCAGUACGUUAUAAUUUUUUACUCUCAUUUUUUUAUUCAGUGCAUUAUAAUUUUUUAUUCUCAAUUAUCUCACAUACAUAUUCAGUGUUUUCACUCGCUAAAAAUAAAAUGUAUCCAGCCUCUAAAAAUAGAAUUAUUAUACUAAGUCAUCUUAUUUUGUACAAAUUAACCCGUUAUUAAUAUUAAUUUGAUUUAUUCCACAAUAUGAGUUUUGUUAUUUAUAGUGAAUUCUUUAAGAAAUCACAUGCAACUUCUAUUACAUUUUAAAUGUAAACUUUAAGGUCAGAAAAUAUAUACAUGUUCUAUUGUUAUUGAACUAUGCGGUAACGACGAUUCAUCAUGAAAACGGACAAAUUUUAAAAAAUAUGUACAGCAAAUUCAUUUUCUAUUACAAUUAACUUACACCAAAAUAUUUCUGGCACGUUCUUGUCUAAAUGUUCUAGAUGUGAAUACAGGAAGAGACAGUAUUCAUUUAAUAAAGUAUCUUUCUUGCUUUCUUCUAAAAAGCUCUAAUUCGCGAUUUAAUAUUAGCAGCAUUUUAACUGUUUUGUAAUAUUUAUUCAGUGUUUGAGAAACAAAUGUAUCUAUAUUUCUUUGCAAAGCAAGGCAACUAAAAACUUAUACAAUUUAGAAGCUAGAACGCCAACUUGUAACUUAUAUAAUGAUUUUAAUAUAAUAAAUAUCAUUCAGCAACACUUUUACAAGUUAUUCACAUAUUUAAAAUAAUCAACAAACAUGUAAUAAGUAAUUCUAUUCUAUACCAAGGAACUGAAGUACAAAAUUACUAACGCAGGUGAUUUCAGAACAAAAAGAGGUAACAACAUACUUAUAUAGCGAGUGCGUUAAAGAAUAUAAUCAAAUACCAUCCAGAGUUAAGUCAGAGCAGAAUAUUGAAUCAUUUAAAAAAGAACUAAAAAAUUUCUUAAAAAUUAGUACCUAAUAUACAUACAUAUUUCAAUUUUAAUUUUAAACUUUAAAAAUCAUGCGUCACUACACAACUUAACGAGUAAAUUUAAAUAAAAAACAAGAAAACUUUUUAAUUUUAAAUAAAUAAAAUGUAAUUUAUAAAUUAUAAUACUUCUUAAAAAAAUUAGUUUUUAGUUAAUUAACUUGCUCUUUACUUUGAAUUUUCAUAACUAAAUUUCUUUAUCUUAUUUAACUUUAUAUAAAUGUAGGACAAUGUAAACACUCUUUGCGAGCUGACGGUCUUACAUUGAAUACAACUCGCAAUACACUCAUUGCGAAACUCAGCUCGCAAUACACUCAUUACGAAACUCAGCUCGCAAUACACUCAUUGCGAGCUGAGUUUAAACAUUGAAUAAAAUAAAAAAUAGCCAAUCUCGGCAUUUUAGCAGAUUUGAGUAUCUUUGUAUUUUAUAUUUGAGCUUAGCUCAAAUUUAAAGUAAAAAUGUAUCCAUAUGGAUACAAUUGUAUCUAAUUGGGAACGCUGUACACAAUAUAUUGUCUGAAGAUUCAAAAAAUAGUAAACCAAACAUCAAAAUUUAAAAUAUUUAAAAUAAAAAGACAAACGUCAAAUUUUAAAAUAUUUAUCAAACAUAAACAAAUAUUUGUAGGUUACUAAAAAACCCAAAAUUUUGAUUUUGUAUUGUAAAAGAGUGGAACUUAGAAAAACUAUUAUUAACUAUGUAUAUACUAAACAUUUUAUUUUAUUUUUAAUCAAAAAAUUUUGGAAAAAAAAAUUAUUGUGGAUGAAAAAUAAAUCCUUCUCACAUUAUAUCAAUAAAAACAUAUACUUUGACAGCUCUAACAUUUUAAAACACUAAAUUUUGCUUUAUAAAACUUGAAAAAACUUUAAACAUUGAGAAAAUGAAAACGUCAUUAUUUUCUUUCAUUUGUGUUCAAAAAGGUAAUAUACCAAACGCUUUACAUAGAAAAAUUUUGUAAAUUUUUUUUUCAAGUUUUGUAAAGUUUUUCAACUUUCUUAUACCAGAACAAUUAAAUAAAUUAAUGAUUAAAUGUAUUAUAAUGAAUAUCAUACUUAUUUUAGACUGUUCUGUGUACAUAUAUAUAUAUAAAUAAAUGUCAUAAAUAUAUGCAUAUGCAUUUGUAUCUCAUAUUAAAUAAUUGUAUCGAAAUUUAAUUUAGAUUUGGAUAAAAUUAAGAUCAAAGAAAUUAUUAAAAAUGUUUAAAAAUGUUCUUUCUAGAGUUCAGUCCAACAUAAAAUGUUGAAUAAUGUAAGUAUGUAUACAUAGUCAUAUAUACACGUAUGUAUAUUUUAAAAUGUCAAAUAUUUAUCAUAAAAUGAUUGAAAAUUAAAAUUUUUUGUAAAAUAUUGUAUAACUCAAUCAACUCAGCUCACUAAAUUUGUAAAAUAUUGCAAACUGUAGAACGUAUCAAAAAUAGAAAAGUCAUAAUUAUAGAUAUUACCUACUGUUAAGUGAAAAUUUUAUUAAAAAAAAAAUCACAUUUUGAAACGAAAGUCUUAUGAUUCUUAGCUGUUUAAAAGUUAUUAAGAAGUAGGAUUUUAAAAAACAAUGUAAAUCAUUCAUACUAAAACACGAAAAGAAAUUGCUAAUAGCUGUUUAAAAAAAAUAUUCUUAAAAUAAAUCAUAAUAA